AUGAUUCCACAAUCCAGGAUUCACUACUACAUCAAGCUACUUUUAGCUCUACUAUCGAUAUUCAUCAUAUAUUCCUUAUUCAGGCGUCACAAGGACCUAUCCAAUGAUACAUUAACUCAUCCAGUUGACGAGGAGAAGUACUUACACGCAUCGUACGAAAACAAACUAGCCAAAUUGGCCGGUCAUGACUCCCUGAAUAGCCACCUCGACACUCGAGAAGUUGAUCAAACUGUUCUUCAACAAAUGGAUAAAAAGGUUAGACAUUGCCCCGAUUAUGUAACCUAUUCUCAACAUCGCCAUCCACCCUUCUCCCAAGGUGUUCAAAAGUAUCCCUACAUGAGACCAGCUCCCAAAUGUCGAACAUUUGUGUCCGAUGCAGUUGAAUCGGUCAUCAAUGAGUUGAAACAUAGAAUCGCCGAUCCUGAUUUAUCUAGAUUGGUGGAGAAUUGUUUACCAAAUACGUUAGAUACCACUAUAUUAUGGCACAAGGUCAACGGUGAUGAUAAUAUACCCAGACAUCUCAAAAAGCAAGUGUUUCCCCAAUCAUUUAUUGUCACUGGAGAUAUACAUGCAGAAUGGUUGAGGGAUGCAGCAAGGCAGUUGUCUGUGUACCAACCAUUAAUCAAGCAUGACGCAAAGCUCAAACAAUUGAUUCUUGGGGCUAUCAACACACAAGCAUAUUAUGUCAACAAUUCACCGUAUUGUAAUGCAUUCCACCCGCCACCUACAUCAAAAGUAGAACCAGGUAAUACGGCGUUUGACAAUGUGUACCCAAGACCAGAUUGGCGACAAGUAUUUGAAUGCAAAUAUGAGAUUGAUUCAUUGGCGUCAUUCUUGACAUUGAGUAACGAGUACUUUGAAAAUUCGGGAGGCGACACCUCAUUCCUUAAUGAACUUUGGUUUAGCGCAUACGAGAAAUUAUUGAUUGUGUUGCGGAGAGAGAGCGAGCCAUCGUUUGAUGCUGAGACAGGACAAGCUUUGCCAUUUUACUAUUCGUUCCAAAGAGAUACCAAUAUAGGAUCGGAAACAUUACCAUUGGCUGGGGUCGGAAACCCUGUCAAUUUCGGCUCUGGCUUGAUUAGAAGUGCAUUUAGACCCAGUGAUGAUGCUACAAUUUUACAAUUUUUCAUUCCUGGUAAUAUGCAUAUGCUAACCGAAUUGGUCAACAUUAGAAAGAAUUUUCUCAAUGACAAAGUCCUUGCUAAUCAAAUGAAUGCCGCCAUUGAAGUGUUUAUUAAAAAGACUGAUUAUUUUAUCAAAGGCUUGACCUCUGGCAUUGAAAAAUUUGGCAUUGUCAACCACCCGGUAUACGGAAAGGUGUACGCCUAUGAAGUUGAUGGGUAUGGCAGUGCGACAUUUAUGGACGAUGCAAACAUUCCAUCCCUCUUGUCCAUUCCCGAUUUAGGAUACUCUGCCAAAGAUGAUCAAGUGUAUCAGAAUACGAGAAAAAUGAUCUUGAGCAAAGAAGGCAACCCCUACUACUUGAAAGGUUUCCACUUUGAAGGAAUUGGAGGGCCGCAUAUUGGUAUAAGAAAUGCUUGGCCAAUGUCCUUAUUGAUGAGGAUUAGAACUACUGACAAUGAUGAUGAAAUCAUCAACAGUCUACACAUGAUUAUGAACAACACGGCUGGGUUUGGUCUUAUGCAUGAAAGUGUGAAUGUCAAUUCUCGCCAUGGUACUUCCUACACCAGAUCGUGGUUUGCCUGGUGUAAUUCAGAGUUUGGAAAGACUAUAUUACACUUGGCCGAGAAGAAACCACAUUUGAUAUUCAGAGAUGAGUGGAAAAGGCAACCAUUUAAAGUAGACGAUGUGUUUAGGACAUAG